AUGGCUGCGCAAGACUCCAAAACGAAUGGAUCCUCGACUGAAACCAUAAAGCAAAGCCGACAUUCUACUCCGAAAUAUCCGUCAUGUACCCAUUUGACAAUGACACGUCUGUACACAACAGAGUUUCGAUGCUCGGUCUGUUGUAAUCCAGGGUCUUUUGGAUGGUUGUAUAGAUGUACUCAAGAUCGCGAAUUGCUGCUGGAGGAUGAUCUCGAUAAGAACGCGCUCCCAGCUCUUGAUGCAUUUGGCAAUUUGUUUGAGCGGCCAGCUGCACCCCCAAAACGAGGUCCAGUCGCGCGAAUGAGCAAAAUAGCCUUCUUGGAAGAGGUUUCGCAGGAACAACUUGACUCGUACAGCCAGGAGCAGAUUAAUAGAAUCCUUGAACAAAGAUCUCAUGUCCUAGACACCGCAAGAUCCGAGACGACUCACCCAAACUCAUCUGCCGAACUCUUUGUUACCCCACCUCAAAGUCGCUUUUCCAGAUAUCUACCCACUCGCGUGAUUGUUAAAGCUGGACAGAAACCAUGGAUCCCGAUACGAGGUGGAGAAUGUCAAUUCAAAUGUUGUCACAGAUGUCGACCAAACUUGGGAGAAGGUUCGAUGUUAAGUCUGAAUGGUGUUGUGAACGGUGACGCUCCAUUGUCUGCCAUCACUGGGUUUGGCUUUCAUCUUCAAAAGUAUAGACCAGUUGCUAAGAAGGAGAUUGUGGCGAAUUUAGGGCUAAGGGAGAACCCGAAACCUCGUGUUCUCGACCCUGAAGCCCAAUCCUCGCCUACCGCCUCGACAUCCUCCUGGGGCUCAAACUACAUCCUCUCAACCCAAACCACCACCCCGGGCCUCGGAAUCUCCGGCGCUAUAGAAGAGACCCCCCAAGACCCCAGUAUCCCCGCAUCACACGACAACCCGAACAUCACCUCCUACGGUAACGGCUCCGCCUACUCCCCCGCCAUCCAAAAAGCCUUCACGACCCUCUUCCCACCACGCACCGACUCCGAACCCUCGCUCAUCAUGCGCGUCCGACGCUCUUCUGAGCGGCCACUCCCUGCCCUCCCCAGUCUCGCGACAGACAUCCCGCUCCCUGAGAUGACAGAAAUAGAGUUAGAGGAAGCCCGCAGACCGCUCACGCCGAUGGAAAUGGAUGAGGCGGCGCACGGGUGGUUUGGGAGUAAACCGCUCGAGGUGCGCGAUGGGGUUGCGGUUACGGAGGAGGGUGUUGAGGGACAUUUCGCGGAUUUGAGGGUUGAAGGGGUUGUGAGCCAGGUAUGA